AUGCGCAGCUGCCCAUCUGGGUGUAUAUUAGGACGACAGGGAUCGCGGCCUGAGGAUUCUCGUAGACAAGGGCAAGGCUUGGUUCGGCUCUUUCACUCGGGUACCUGCGGCCUCCGCCACCUCCGCCGAGUUCCCCGCGCAGGAUCAGUGUACCUCCGGGAGAUGGAGACUGUUGUUCGUCGCUGCCCAUUCUUAUCUCGAGUGCCUCAAGCCUUUCUGCAGAAGGCAGGCAAAUCUCUAUUGUUCUAUGCCCAAAACUGCCCUAAGAUGAUGGAAAUUGGGGCCAAGCCAGCCCCUCGGGCCCUGUCCACUUCAGCAGUACUCUGCCAGCAGGUCACAGAAACCCCUCCAGCUAAUGAGAAGGACAAAACCGCCAAAGCCGAGGUGCAGCAGGUUCCUGACAGAUCACAGCAGGCUCCUGAUGCAUCCCAGCAGACUACAGAUGGCACGCAGCUUCCGUCUGGACACCCUUCCCUUGCCUCAGGCCAGGGCACUGGGAGCAAAUGCCCUUUCUUGGCAGCCGAGAUGAGCCAGGGCGGCAGCAGUGUCUUCCGCAAAGCCAGCCUGGUGCUUCAGGAAGAUGUGCAGGAGAUGCAUGCCGUGAGGGAAGAGGUUGCCCAAACCUCAGUGAAUCCCAGUGUGAUUAAUGUGAAGACCGAAGGAGGGGAGCUGAAUGGACUGUUUAAGAACUUUCAGGAUAUCAUGCGAAAGCAACGACCAGAAGGAGUGUCCCACCUUCUUCAAGAUAACUUGCCAAAAUCUGUUUGCACUUUUCAGUAUGAUCGUUUCUUUGAGAAGAAAAUUGAUGAGAAAAAAAAUGACCAUAGCUAUCGAGUUUUCAAAACUGUGAACCGGAAGGCGCAGUCCUUCCCCAUGGCAGAUGACUAUUCGGACUCUCUCAUCAGCAAAAAGCAGGUGUCUGUCUGGUGUAGCAAUGACUACCUAGGAAUGAGUCGCCACCCACGGGUGUGUGGAGCCGUCAUAGACACUUUGAAACAGCAUGGUACUGGAGCAGGGGGUACUAGAAAUAUUUCUGGAACUAGUAAAUUCCAUGUGGACCUGGAGCGGGAGCUGGCUGACCUCCAUGGAAAAGAUGCUGCACUCUUGUUCUCCUCAUGUUUUGUGGCCAAUGACUCGACCCUCUUCACUCUGGCUAAGAUGAUGCCAGGCUGUGAGAUUUACUCUGACGCUGGGAACCAUGCCUCCAUGAUCCAAGGGAUUCGGAACAGCGGAGUGCCAAAGUACAUCUUCCGCCACAACGAUGUCAGCCACCUCCGAGAACUGCUGCAGAGGUCCGACCCUGCUGUCCCCAAGAUUGUCGCCUUUGAAACUGUCCACUCAAUGGAUGGAGCAGUGUGCCCGCUGGAAGAGCUGUGUGAUGUGGCCCAUGAGUUUGGAGCAAUCACCUUUGUGGAUGAGGUCCACGCAGUGGGGCUCUACGGGCCACAAGGUGGAGGGAUUGGCGAUCGGGAUGGAGUUAUGCCAAAAAUGGACAUAAUUUCUGGAACACUUGGCAAAGCCAUUGGCUGCGUUGGAGGGUACAUCGCCAGCACGAGUUCCCUGAUCGACACCGUCCGGUCCUACGCAGCGGGCUUCAUCUUCACCACCUCCCUGCCGCCCAUGCUGCUGGCUGGAGCGCUGGAGUCUGUGCGGAUCCUGAGGAGCGCUGAGGGCCGGGCCCUUCGCCGCCAACACCAGCGCAAUGUGAAGCUCAUGAGGCAGAUGCUGAUGGAUGCCGGCCUGCCAGUGGUCCACUGCCCCAGUCACAUCAUCCCUGUCCGGGUGGCAGAUGCUGCUAAAAACACGGAGGUCUGUGAUGAACUAAUGACUAGACAUAAUAUCUACGUCCAAGCCAUCAAUUACCCCACAGUGCCCCGGGGCGAGGAGCUGCUGCGCAUCGCCCCCACGCCCCACCACACGCCGCAGAUGAUGAGCUACUUUGUGGAUAAUCUGCUGGCCACAUGGAAGCGAGUUGGGCUGGAACUCAAGCCACAUUCCUCAGCCGAGUGCAACUUCUGCAGGAGGCCACUACAUUUUGAAAUGAUGAGCGAAAGAGAGAAAUCCUACUUCUCUGGUAUGAGCAAGCUGGUGUCUGCUCAGGCCUGAGUGUGUUGUGCCCUAAGUCAGUCCACCUACCCCAGGUCACAUUGUAUCCAGGUAGUCCCCCCAUAGUUGUCUUUGUAUGUGAAUUAAAUUAUAUUAAUUUUAAUCUAUGGUAAACACAUAGUCCAGAAAAUAAAUUCUUGUCUAAAUCAGGG